AUGUUCACAAAGCUCGCCCUUCGCCGAGCGGCGCUUCCAACGGUUGUGCAACGCGCUUAUAUAUCCGUGCCACGCAAGGGGCUCAAUACGCAGCAGAAGGAAAUAGUCAAGUCAACGAUUCCCGCACUGCAGGAGCAUGGUGUCACAAUUACCACCCUCUUCUACAAACGCCUGCUUGAGGCACAUCCCGAACUUAAAAACAUUUUCAACACUGCGCAUCAAGCAACGGGUGAGCAGCCUGCAGCCUUGGCACAUGCCGUAUGGGCGUAUGCUUCCAACAUCGACCACCCCGAGGCUUUAAGCACUGCUGUUUCUCGCAUUGGCCACAAGCAUGCCAGUCUUGGGGUCAUGCCGGAGCAUUACCCGAUAGUCGGGCAGCAUCUUCUAGUUGCAAUCAAGGACGUCCUAGGGCCAGCCGUCAACGAGAAAGUGCUUGAUGCAUGGGGUGCAGCAUACCAGGAACUGGCUGACAUCUUCAUCAACUUCGAGGAUGGCCUCUACCAAGAGAAUUUGAAGACCGCUGGGGGCUGGAAAGGCUGGCGGAAGUUCUUCAUCUCCGACAAGGUCGUGGAGAGCGACGAAAUUAUUUCAUUCUAUCUGAUCCCAGAAGAUCGAGACGUCCUGCCCAAGUACAAGCCUGGCCAGUUUGUGAGUAUACGAUGCUAUGUUCCGGAGUUGAGUUCCUAUCAGCCCCGACAGUACAGUCUUUCCGAUGUGCCGAGUAGCGAUCACUUCCGGAUUUCCGUCAAGCGAGAGUUUGCGAGAGAUGCGAAGCCGGCCGGUCGGAUCUCUAAUGUCCUGCACGAAUCACUUCCUAUUGGGGCAGAGUUGGACGUCAGCAUGCCGUUUGGUGACUUCGUGCUUGAUACCAACGCAACCACUCCGGCCGUACUGAUUAGCGGUGGUGUGGGCCUUACGCCCAUGAUGUCGAUGCUCAAAAGCAUCGUUGAUCAACAAGGUCAAGCUCGACAGGUUGUUUUCAUCCACGCGGCACGAAAUGGGCGCGUUCACGCCAUGAAAGAUGAUUUAAAUCAAAUUGUUUCACAUAACCCCGCGGUUAGCCGCAUGGUCUUUUACGAAAAUGUCACCGAUGGAGAGAAGCAGGGGGUGGAUUACGAUUAUGUUGGGCGUGUAGAUUUGGCUCAGGUUAAAGACAAGGUAGUUCUUUCCGAUGCUGACUACUAUAUCUGUGGGCCGCAACCUUUCAUGAAGGCCCAGAGCAAGAGCCUAGAGGCUUUGGGUGUGGAAGGGGACCAUAUUCAUAUGGAGGUUUUUGGCUCUCCGCAUGAUUGA